AUGGCCAACCCUUCUUCGCAGUCCAUUGGGGACGACCUAAAGCCCGAGAUACCUCAAUCAGAGCCUUUGAGCGAUUCAGCGUCUGGAGAAUUGAGGGCGCCGGAGCCUGAGAAGUUUCAGCCUGGAUGGCGUUUCCUGGCUGCUUUUGGUAGUCUCUGUAUCAUCACACUCAUGGCCGCAUUGGAUGCAACUUCGAUCUCAGUUGCGCUGCCAAUUAUGGCUAAAGCAUUGGGCGGGUCUGCUAUUGAAGCCUUCUGGAGCGGAACUUCUUUCCUGUUGACAUCGACUGUCUUCCAGCCUGUCCUCGGAUCGUUCUCGCACAUCUUUGGGCGCAAAGCACUUAUUUAUGUCAGUCUGGGCUUCUUCCUAGCUGGUUCGAUCAUCCCCGCCGUGGCCAAUAACUUUACCGUCAUCCUGGUUGGUCGAUCGAUUCAAGGAAUUGGCGGUGGUGGCAUUAUCUGCUUGACCGAAAUGGUCGUAGUUGACACCGUACCACUUCGAGAACGAGGAAAGUGGUUCAGCUUCUUCGGAGCUAUGUGGUCGGUCGGCACAGUGGCAGGGCCUCUACUAGGAGGUGGGUUUUCCCAAAACGUGUCUUGGCGCUGGAUCUUCUGGAUCAACCUGCCAUUCCUCGGUCUCGGUGCUGCCUUGAUCACUGUCUUCCUCAAGCUCAACCAGAAGCAUGGCUCCUUCCUUGUCAAGCUUCGAGAAGUUGACUGGAUUGGCAUGGUGCUGUUUCUCGCCUCCACGACCGGCUUCUUAAUUCCUGUCACCUGGGGUGGAGUACAGUAUCCCUGGGACUCGUGGCGUACGCUUGUACCACUCAUCGUUUGCGCCGCGGGUAUGGUCGCAUUCGUUGUGUAUAUCGAGUUCUUUGCCGUCAAUCCCCUCAUCCGCACUUCGGUGUUCAAGAACAUGUCAGCCGCCAUACUUUACGUCUCUACGGUUAUUCAUGGAAUCAUACUGUGGGCUAUCCUCUACUACAUGCCACUCUACUUCGAAGCAGUUAGAGGUUUUGGUCCGAUACUUGCUGGAGUUGCAAUGUUCCCUUGGACCUUCACCGUGGCCCCAGCGUCAGUCGCAACUGGUAUCGCCAUUGCAGUCACGGGACAUUACCGAUGGGCAAACCGCGCCGGAUGGUUUCUCGCUACACUCGGUAUGGGUCUCCUUAUUAUUCUCAAGCCGAACACGUCGACAGUCUCUUGGAUCUUCCUAAACCUCGUUGGUGGUGUGGGGACGGGUAUUCUGUUCCCUGCCAUGGCUUUGGCCGUACAGGCUUCAGCAACUGCCAAAGACCAAGCCUAUGCCGCGAACAUGUUCUCCUUCUUCCGCGCUUUUGGACAAACGCUUGGCGUUGCCAUUGGCGGUGUCAUCUUCCAGAACCAGAUGAAAAAGAAGAUGCUCACGUACCCUCUUCUUGCUGACCUGGCAGUCGAGUACUCUCGAGACGCAGCAGGCCUGGUCCAAAUCAUCAAGGAAAUGCCUGCCGGCGACAUGAAGGAGCAGCUCAGGGAAAGUUACACGGAUGCCCUAAAAUACAUCUGGAUUGUCAUGUUGGUGUUCAGUGCGGUGGCCUUCCUCGGCAGUUGGUUCAUCAAAGCCUACGACAUGAAUGGUGCUAUGGACACUGAGAGGGGAUUUGUAGACAAGGACAAGGUUGGGGAUGUCGAGAAGGAGCAGUCGAUGAUGUAA